AUGGUUCCUCUUCAUUCUAAUCCUUCCCUUCGUCCCAUUAAAGACAUAAAGAAUGGAAUCAACGGACAACAUGUGAUAAAAUUUCUAAUCUUGGUUUUGGCUUGCAAAUUUGCAAUAAUUCGAUCAACAUCCCUGGAGAGCUAUCAUGGAGCGGCAGCAAAAAUCAAUUUACAGAAUCCUCCAGCUGAAGAUUAUGAGUAUACAAAGGCUAAUAUUUGGGUGCAACAUGGCCUGCAUUCUGAUUUAAACAGUAUUGAAGUUGGCUGGGCGGUAAAUCCAACCUUGUAUGGUGAUAAUCACACACGACUUACUACCUUCUGGACAGUUGAUAACUUUCAAGCAACUGGUUGUUACAACGCAUUGUGUCCAGGAUAUCUACAAAUAGAUCGGUCAAUAUUCCUUGGUAAUGCUUGUAGAAUUCAAGGAAGCUUUCAGGGACCUUCUGGAACAGAACAGAAGACACAAAAAAAUAGUGAGCAAAAAGCUACUGAUUUGAGAGAAAAGGGACGUAUAGAAGAGUUUUUGAAGGCUAAAAGAAGACGUUAUGACAUGAGAUAUUGGGCAAGAGAGCUUUUCAAUGAGUUAGGUGUGGGAGCUCUUAAGGUUCAGUUUGGUGGGGCGACAAAGCAAUCGCCAGAGGGAGCAAGUCCUGCCAUGGGAAAUGGGAUCCGUCCAUCUAAUCACGAGUUUAAAGCCUGUUACUUCACAAAUAUUGGAUAUGCGAGAUUUGGGUACAAUCUGAGCGAUGUUGACCCCAAUGAUAUGGCCAAGUUCGUAGAUUCACCGUUGUGUUAUAACCUGAAUUAUUUCAGUGAAGGAGGUCCUCUUGGACAAACUUUUACCUUCGGAGGACCAGGCGGAGCAGGUGGGAUAUGUACCUAUAGUGUUAACUCAACUUCCUAUGUAUAAUAUCAUUCAAUUUCCAACCCAGUAAGAUGAUUGUUAGUUAAAUAAAGAAAAACUUUGAUUAAUACAAAAUAUUGAUCCAUUCCCACCCUUCUAAACAGGGGCAUGCAGGGUAUGCCAGGAGAUGCAUGAAUGAGAGCCUGCUUGGCUUUUGGGCAAUGAACAUUUUUUAAUCA